UGGGAGGCGCCGGCCGCGGCUGCGGCCUCACGUCCGACCCCGACUCCGGCUCUGGGGCAGAGAAGCGGCAUGGAAGCCGAGGACCUCCAGGAGGAGCUGACGUGCUCCAUCUGCCUGGACUAUUUCGAGGACCCGGUGUCCAUCGAGUGCGGCCACAACUUCUGCCGCGGCUGCCUGCACCGCAGCUGGGCGCCGGGCGGCGGCCCCUUCCCCUGCCCGGAGUGCCGGCAGCCGUCGGCGCCCGCCGCGCUGCGGCCCAACUGGGCCCUGGCCCGGCUCUCCGAGAAGACGCGGCGCCGGCGCCAGGGCCCCGUGCCCCCCGGCCUGUGCGGCCGCCACUGGGAGCCGCUGCGGCUCUUCUGCGAGGACGACCAGCGGCCCGUGUGCUUGGUGUGCAGGGAGUCGCAGGAGCACCAGGCCCACGCCAUGGCGCCCAUCGACGAGGCCUUCGAGAGCUACCGGGAAAAACUUCUUAAGACUCAAUGUAGUCUGACGGCCAAGAUGAAGAAAGCCAUGCAUUUGCAGGACAUGGAGGUGAAGAAUGCUACAGAGUGGAAGGAGAAGAUGAAGAAUCAGCGAGUGAGAUUCAGCACAGAGUUUGCAAAGCUGCACCGCUUUCUGGCUGAAGAAGAGCAAUGGUUUCUUCAGAGACUGAGCAAAGAAGAAGAAGAGACAAAGAAGAAACGGAAUGAGAACACAUUAAGGCUCAAUCGAAUGAUCUCUUCCUUGAAGAAGCUCAUCAUAGAGGUGGGGGAGAAGAGCCAGAGCUCCACCCUGGAGUUGCUUCAGAAUCCAAAAGAUGUGUUGACCAGGAGUGAGAACCAGGAUGUGAACUAUUCCCUUGAAGUUCUGAAGGUGAAGACUGUGUGCCAGAUACCAAUGAUGAAGGAAAUGCUGAAGCGAUUCCAAGCUAAAAUGAAGUAACAGGGACUGGAUUUACUCUUCUGCCUGAAACUUAACUUCAAAAGCAGACCCAAUACGUGAAAGAACAGUUUUCAAAAUUCUGAACAUCAGGCAAUGAAGGACAAUGAUCUCUGAAAAAUGUGAAACAAAUGAGGUGAGCUCUGUGGUUGCUCCAGCCUAGUGCCUUGUGACGGUUUCCAGGCCAUCUCAGGGAGGGAUAACAGAGAUGGAGCCAGGUGGACUCCCUGACUUGAGGAAUAGAGCUGAAAGUCCAGGAAGAACAAAACAGUGAGAGUUCACAGAGCAUUGGAGAGGAGAGAGCUGUACAGAAAGUACCCUGACAAUCUACAGAGGCACCUCCUAAAUAUUCAGCACAGUACUGAUCAGUACGUAGUUGUGAAGAACUAUCUGAGGGUGAGGAAGGAAGUUUCUAAAAUGAUUAGAAGGAACAGUUCCUGGUGCUCUCACAGGGCUAGGAACAGUGCCUGUUCUAUCAGCCAGACUGGAAAGCUCUUAAUUCUUGAAGCACUGGGUAGAGUACUCAGGAAAAUCUUGCCUCAUUAGUGGGGGAAUAGUUAACUCUAUACUGAGCACUACUUUGGACCCACCUUACAAAUCAUGAAAGCAAGACCCAAAAGGAUUGAAUUACUUGUAAGUUUGCAACUUGACUACAUCCCAGGACAAAGCUCAAGAAGAUUGAUGGGAAUAAAAAAAAAGUUUGAGUACCCAACAAUAUCAAUUCAUAAUGUCUGGCAUCUGAUCAAAGAUUAACAGGCAUGCGUAAAGGUAGGAAAACAUGACCCAUAGUGAAGAGAAUAAUCAAUUGAAAUUGACCCAGAAUUGAUUUAGAUGUUAGAAUAAGCAUAGAAGGACAUUCACAGAAUUAUUAUAAUUGUAUUCUGUAAAGAGGCAUAUAGAGACAUGGAAGAUAUAAAAAAGACCUAGGUCAAACUUUUAGAGAUGAAAACUACUGAGUGAUGACUGAGAUGGAGAAUACACUGGUUGGGAUUAAGUUGAUUAGACAUUGCAGAACAGAAGAUUAGUGAACUUGAAGACAGAGCAGUGGAAACUAUGCAAAAUGAAACACAGAUGAAAAAAGAACUUAAAAAAUGAAGAGUGAGCUGUGGGACAACUUCAUGCAGCCUUAUAUAUGGUAAUGGGGGUCCCUAAAGGAGAGGAGUGAGGAUGGAGAUUAGACAAAAAAAAAUUUGCAGAAAUAAUGGCUACACAUUUUCCAAAUUUGGUGAAAACUGUAAGUGCACAGAUCUAAGAAGCUAAACAAACCACAAGCACAAGAACUAUGAAGAAAACUACACCAAGGCAUAUCAUAAUCAACUUGCUCAAAACCAGCGAUAGAAAAUCUUACAUGCAAUAAGAGAAAAAGGACAUGUCACUUACAGUGGAACAAAGAUAAAAAUGACACCACGCUUCUCAUUGGUAGUUGCUCAUUGCAAGUGAGCAAAGUCUUUACUGAAAUUAAAAACUGUUAAACCAGAAUUGUGGCAAAAAUACCCUUCAAAAACAAAAGUGAAAUAAAGAUGUUUGCAGAUAUACAAAAACUGAAAGCGUUUACCACCGGCAGACCAACAUUGCAAGAAAUGCUAAAGGAAGUCCUUCAGGCAGAAGGAAAAUGAUACCAGUGGAAGUCUGGAUCUAUGCAAAGGAAUAAAAGAUCACCCAAAAUGGUAAUGAUGUGAAUAAAUAUAUAUAUAUUUGUUGUUAUUUAAAUCUCUUUAAAAGGUAAUCGUGGUGGUUAAUUUGUAUGUUAACUUGACUGGGCCAUGGGGUGCCCAGAUAUUUGGUCAGACAUUAUUCUGGGUAUUUCUGUGAGGGUGUUUUUGGGUGAGAUUAACAUUUAAAUCAGGAGACUUGAGUAAAGCACAUUGCCCUCCAUAAUGUGGGUGAGCCUCAUCCAGUCAGUUGAAUGCCUGAAUAGACCAAAAGGCUGACCUUUCUCCCCGAGCAAGAGGAAAUUCAACAGCAGAUUGCCUUUGGACUUCAUCUGUAACGUUGGCUUUUCCUGCCUGAAGGCCUUCAAACUGGAACAUUGGCUGUCCCUGGGUCUUGAGCCUGCCAUCCCAAAAAGCAGAUUGGACUUGCCAGUAACCAUAAUCACAUGAGCCAAUUCCUUAUAAUCUCUUUCUAUAUACAUGUCCUGUUUGUUCUGUUUCUCUGGCAAGUGCUAACUAAUAUAGUAAUUGACUGUUUAAACAGACAGACAAAAAAUCACAUUGUGGAGUUUGUAACAUGUUUACAUGUGAAAUGCACAACAACAACAGCAUGAAGGUUGGGAGAGGAGAAUGGAAGUAUACUAUUAUAUGGUUCUUAUAUGUGAAGUGGUAUAAUAUCACUUGAAGGGAGACUGUGAUAAGUUAAAGGUAUAUACUGUAAACCUUACAGCAACCACUAAAAUAAAACAGAGUUAUAGUUAAUAAGCCAACAAAGGAGAUAAAGUGGAAUCAUAAAAAAAUACUUAAUCAGGAAUAAGGCAGAAAAAGGAAAAAAGAACAAAUAGGACGAAGAGAAAACAAAUAGGAAGAUGAUAGACACAAAUCUCAUCAUAUUAAUAAUCAUAUUAAAUAUAAAUGGUCUAAAUACCAUAAUCAAAAGGCAGAGAUUGGUUGGAUUGGAUAAAAAAGCAAGACCCAACUGUAUGCUGCAAGAAACACAUUAAAUAUAAAGAACUGUAUAUGUUAAAAGUAAAACAAUGGAAAAAGAUAUACCAUGCUAACAUUAGUCAAAAGAAAUCUGGAAUGGGUAUAUUAAUAUCAAAGGAGAUUUCAGAGCAAAGAAUAUUACCAGACAUAAAGAAGGUCAUUUCCUAAUGGUAAAGGGAUCAAUUCAUCAGGAAGAUAUAACAGUUCUAAACAAUUAUACACCUAAUGAUAGAGAUUCAAAAUACAGUAAGCAAAAACUCAUAGAGCUGCAAGGAGAAAUAGAAAAAUCCAGUUAUAGCUGCAGUUUUCAAUAAUUUUUGGAACAAGUAGGUAGAAAAUCAGAAAGGAUUAGUAGACUUGAAUAACACUAGCAACCAGCUUGACCUCACUGAUAUUUAUUGAACACCCAACAACAGCAGAAUACACAUUCUUUUUAAGUGUACCUGGAACGCUUUCCUAAAUAGACCAGUGUAGGCCAUGAAACAAAUCUCAGUAAAUUCAAAAGGAUUCUUAUCAUACAAAGUAUGUUCUCUGACCAUAAUGCAUUUAAGUUAGAAAUCAAUAACAAAAAUAUCCCCGGAAAAUCCCCAAGUGUUAAGACACUUCUCAAAAAUCCAUGACUUAAGGGAGAAAUCAAAAGGGAAAUUAGAAAAUACUUUGAACUGAAUGAAAAGGGAAACAACAUAUCAGAAUUUGUGGGAUGCAGCUAAAGCAAUACUUAAGGGGAAAUUUAUAGCACUAACCACCUAUAUUAGGAAAGAAGAAAGUUCUCAAUUUGGUGACUUUAGUUUCCACCUUAAGACACUAGAAAAAGAAGAGCCCCAGAUAAAGCCCAAAGUAAACAGAAGAAUGGAAAUAAUAAAAAUCAGAGCAGAAAUCAUUGCAACAGAAUGCAGAAAAAAACCAGAAAAAUCAAUGAAACCAAAAGCUGAUUCUUUGAGAAUAUCAAUUUUAUUGAUAUACCUUUAACCAGAAUGAUUAGAGAAAAAAGAGAAGACACCCAUUACUAAUAUCAAGAAUGAAAGAGGCAACAUCACCACAGAUUCUACAGAUAUUAAAAAGGUAAUAAGGGAAGAGCUAGCCCUGAUGGCCUAGUGGUGAAGUUCAGCGCUCUGACCACGUCAGCGGCCUGAGUUCGUUUCCCGGUUGUGGAACCACACCAACUGUCUGUCAGUAGCCAUGCUGUGGUGACAGCUUACAUAGAAGAACUAGAAGGACUUACAACUAGAAAAUACAACUAUGUACUGGGGCUUUGGGGAGGGGAAAAGAAAGAGAGGAAGGUUGGCAAUAGAUGUUAGUUUAAGGCGAAUGUUUCCCAGCAAAAAAAAAAUUAAUAAUAAUGAGGGAAUAUUCUGAGCAACUUUAUGCUGAUAAAUUUGACAAUAUAGAUGAAAUGGACAAAGUCCUUAAAAGACACAAAUGACCAAAGCUUACUCAAGAAAAAAUAGAUAACUGGAAUAACCCUAUUUCUAUUAAAGAAAUUGGUGGUGUAGUUAAAAACCUUCCCAAAUGGUUUCACUGGUGAAUUCACCAAACAUUUAAGAAAUAUCUAUUCUAUGUGAACUCUCACAAAAAAAUGAAGAGGAGAGAAUAUUUCCCAAUUCAUUCUAUGAGGCCUGUGUUACCGUGAUAGCCAAAUCAGACAAAGACAUUACAAGAGAAAAAAACUAUAGAUCAAUGGCUCUCAUGAGCAUAGAAUUCUAAAGAAAAUUUUAGCAAAUUGAAUCUAACAAUGUAUUAAAAGGAUAAUACAUCACAACCAAAUAGGAUUUGUCCCAGAAAAGCAGGGUUGGUGCAACAUUUGAAAAAUCAAUGUAAUUCAUCACAUUAGCAAACUAAAAAAGGAAAACUAUAUGAUCAGUAGAUGCAGAAAAAGCAUUUGUCAAAACCUAACAUCCAUUCCUGAUUUUAAAAAAAACUAAACAACUAGAGAGACAUGGAGAGUCUGAGAGGGAAGAGAAUUUGAAGGCAGGGAGGAGGUUAUAGACACAGUUAAGGUGAGAGAUGCUGAAGGUCUGAGUGAAGACUGGCAGUGGGAAUGGAGAGGAGGAAAAGACCCUGAGUGGUAUUUCAGAGGUAGAAUUGAUAGGACUUGGUGACUAAUCAGCCAUUGAGGGCCAGAGGGAAAGAAGAGUCAAAUAAUCUCAAGAUUUAAAAGUGUGAGUGUUUGAAUGGAGGUAAUGCUCUUACACCUUAGAGAACAGAGAAGACAAGAUGUCUGCAUGUGAGGGGGAAUUAGUCCCAAGAAAGUGGAAGGAGACUUAGGUUAAGGAGUUCCAUUUUGAGUUAUCUAUGGGGGCUUGCCCAGUGAACAGAAACCUUGUCAGUCAUGACAUCCGUGUGUACCUGUACAAAGAACCAGCCAGUCAACGGUGGUGAUCUGGUCCUGAUUCAACAAGUCAGAAUUUGUUAACGUUUCUCCAAAUUUUAUGCUGAUUGUGAAGACUUGGAGCCAUGAAAUAAUGAGCUCCCCAUUUUAUAGGUCUUAGUCUUUAAUAGUAGAAAGGAAAUGAAGAUUUCAGGUUGCUAAAGGCUGUGGCCUGCUAGGCCCAGCUGAGGAUCACUUGAGAGUCAAUGAGGAGUCUCAUUCCUAACAGUACUUGUUAAGAGGGGAAGAAUGGAGCUGAAGCUGGAACAGAUGGGCAUUCCUGGAGGCGGGUUGGUGGUAAGCUGUUGCUUUAUUUAUCUCAGCUC